AUGGCCCAGCUCCAGGAAAACAUCAAUGGCAUCGUUGCUGCUUUCUACAUGUGCGCCAGAAGCGACGGCAACUGCAGGCCCCUGAGCAGGGAGGAGCUGAGGCAGCUCAUGGAGCAGGAGUUCGCGGACGCGAUGGAGAACCCCCAGGACCCCAAAACCGUCAAGAAGGUGCUGUGCUUCCUGGAUGAUAACAGCAACUGCAGAGUUGACUUCAGCGAGUUGCUCAGCCUGGUUUUCCGCAUGGCCAAGGCUUGUUACAAGCCGCUCCAGCAGCACCAGGCACUGGAAGAUGGUCAAGAGCCAACAGCGCAAGAGAAGGCAAGUGGGGAACAGCUGCCAGGGCCGCGCACAGCGGAGAGGGUCUCCCACAACCAGCAGGUCCCCGAGCAGGGUGUGAACAAUCAGGUCCAGGACACUGAGACACAGGACCCAGACAACCAUCAAACCCAGGAGGGUGAGACAUCAAAGCAGGACCAGGACACCCGUCAAACCCAGGAGGGUGAGACACCAGAGCAGGACCAGGACAACCUUCAAACCCAGGAGGGUGAGACACCAGAGCAGGACCAGGACAACCUUCAAACCGAGGAGGGUGAGACACCAGAGCAGGACCAGGACAACCUUCAAACCCAGGAGGGUGAGACACCAGAGCAAGACCAGGACACCCAUCAGGAUCAUGGGACUGAAGCACCAGAAGGGGAUCCAAAGAGAGUUGAGAUCCUGGACACUACAACCCCAGAGCAGGACAGAAAUACCCAUAAGGCUGAAGAGACUGAGGCACCAAAACAGGACCCAGAAAACCAGCAGCCCCAAGAAACUGAGGCACCAGGACAGCGCUCAAACCACCAUCAGAGCUCAGAGAUGGAGUCAGCAGAGCAGGACCUGAACUGUCCCUCUGAGACACAAGGAAAAGACCCAAACAACAAGACACAGGUCUGCGAGGCCCCUCAGCAUGAGCCCAACUCUGGCAAGACCCAGAAGCUGCUGCCCUCACAGCGGGGUGCAAGCCCCCAUCGGGAUCCCAAGCCCCGGGGAACGUGCCAUGACCCAGCUUGCCAUCAGCUCCCUGAAUCCAAGGUGCUGGAGCAGGAGCACAGCAGGGCAGAGGCUCCAUCUUGUCCAGCACAACAGCAACAAGAUGCUUAUCACCGAAGACAACCCGCUAUAGAGCAACAGCUCCUGCAGUCUCUGUAUCAGUGGCCAUUACAGCAGUAA